AUAAAGAAGAAGAAGCUAACGAAAAAUAAUGGCGGAGAGAUCAAAUUCAGAGGAAGUGAAGCUUUUGGGAAUGUGGGCGAGUCCUUUUAGUCGGAGGAUUGAGAUUGCUCUUACGCUUAAAGGUGUUUCGUAUGAGUUCCUGGAGCAAGAUAUCACAAACAAGAGCUCUUUGUUGCUUCAAUUGAAUCCGGUUCAUAAGAUGAUUCCGGUUCUUGUUCAUAAUGGUAAACCGAUUUCUGAAUCACUUGUGAUUCUUGAGUAUAUUGAUGAGACUUGGAGAGACAAUCCGAUUCUUCCUCAAGAUCCGUAUGAGAGAACUAUGGCUCGAUUCUGGUCUAAAUUCGUCGAUGAACAGAUUUAUGUGACGGCGAUGAAAGUUGUGGGGAAGACCGGAAAAGAGAGAGAUGCUGUGGUUGAAGCGACGAGAGAUUUGUUGAUGUUUUUGGAGAAAGAGCUUGUUGGGAAAGAUUUUCUCGGUGGGAAAAGUUUAGGGUUUGUGGAUAUUGUGGCGACUUUGGUGGCGUUUUGGCUGAUGAGAACGGAGGAGAUCGUCGGGGUAAAGGUGGUUCCGGUGGAGAAGUUCCCGGAGAUACAUAGAUGGGUUAAGAAUUUGUUGGGUAAUGAUGUUAUCAAGAAAUGUAUUCCUCCUGAAGAUGAGCAUCUUAAGUACAUUAGAGCUCGUAUGGAGAAACUCAAUAUCAAAUCUGCUUGAUAAGGUUUUAUAAAAAUUCUAAUGCUCACAGUAUGUCUCUUUUGUUCUUGUCUCAGUUGCUAUGUUCUGUCACUUAAUGUUUGCUAUAUUGAAACACGAAAAUUUGAACUUUCUUUCUUGUUCUACCUAAAGAUGUUCUUAAGCAAAUAAUACAGAAGAAACUCUCUUUUGUGCU